UAGUUUUAUUCAUCAGUCGUUGUACUGGAAAUAUAUUUUUGUUACUUUAAUUUUUUCUAGAGAAAUACAUUUGGAAUAUUUAUUCAAAAUCAUGAGUGUCUCAGCGUCUGGAUUUAUGCACGUUAGUGGACAAAGUAUAAGCAAAGCUUCGAGAAAAGACAAAAUCCCUUCCAAUGUUAAACGUGAUGAAUAUAAAGACAUUGAUGAUGUGAGAGAAGCAAUACAAAUGCAGGGUCUUGAAAAAUGCAACCUGAUAUUCGGCAUUGAUUACACAAUGAGUAACAACAAUCAGGGUGCGAACACAUUCGGAGGAAAAAGCUUGCACGCAAUAUCUGAGGGUUUCAUCAAUCCUUAUCAGAAGGUAAUUAGUAUUCUUGGUGAAACGUUGGAAACAUUUGACGAAGAUGGUAUAAUUCCAGUGUAUGGAUUUGGAGACUUCAAAACAAAAGAUAAAAGUGUAUUUGAACUUAGCCCUGGGGUUCAAUGUGAGGGAUUCAGUGACGUACUUGAUGUUUAUAACGAAGUUACGCCGACUGUAAAAAUGGGAGGACCAACAAAUUUUGCACCAUUGAUUUAUAAAGCAAUUGAAAUUGUCAAGGAAACGAAUGAGUAUCACAUUCUUGUAAUCGUUGCUGACGGCCAGGUUUCCUCCGAAUCACCAACAAAGGCGGCCUUAGUGGAAGCAUCACAUUAUCCGCUUUCGAUAGUUGUGGUCGGUGUCGGUGACGGACCAUGGGGAUCCAUGAAGACGUUUGAUUAUGGUCUAACGGAUAGACGUUUUGAUAAUUUCCACUUUGUAGACUUUCAUGAGGUGAUGAAAGACGGUAGAAGUCCUGAGGCUGCCUUUGCAUUACAUGCAUUAAUGGAAAUACCAAAACAAUAUCGAUACCUUAAACAUGAAGGGCUUAUUAAAGAAAAAAAGAAUGUGCACUCAAGUCAUGUAUCAUAAGGAGUUCAAUUCCUGAAAUCUGCGACAAUAACUAAAGACAGCAGGAAAGCAGAUGCAAGGUUAUCAAAUGAAAACUUUGUUGAGGAUAACAUAAUAUGACUCUGAUAAUACCAUACGCUUAGAAGUAAGGCAAAUUGCGAACAUUUCAGCUAUAAUAAGCUGCUUUUCGUUUAAAUUCUAUCAUAUUAUUGAAAUUUGUAUUGAGGCUUAGAAGAAAAAAUAUGAUACAAGGAUAAUUUCUAAACACAAUUAUGAAUGAAGGCUUGUUAUCAUGACUUAAUCACCCAGCUAUCAUUUUUCUAAACAGCAGAUUUUUUACUAAAGCUCAUUUCCAAGCGGUCUCGGAAAUAUUUGAAGUGUAAUGUUAUUUUCUAAAUUCAGUAACUGACCAAUCUUGCAUUACGCAUAAAAGUUCCAUAUUUAGCGUCGAGUUUACGUGUUCGCUCAUAACGGGUUUUCUAAUGUAUCAUUACUUUGUCAUUACCAUUUGGUGUUUCUACAAAUUAAUCCAUUAACCUUUAGCCUGCCUAAUUUCUAAAAUGGACUGGUACAUCAUUCAAAAUGUGUAGUACCAUUGAUUAUUUGAAUUGAUGUUCACUGAAAAUGUACUAACUGAAUAGCGACAGUGCAGACCAUGAUGAGACUGCACGGAUGUGCACGCUAAUCUUAGUCUGCUCUGGUUGCAAAGGCAGACUCACUUGCCGCCAGCAGACUAAAGGUUAACGAGAAUUAUUUGCAUUGCAUGUCCAUAUAUUAGCAGAUUUUUACAAAUCUUGUUGUAUAGAUUUAUUUCUGAUAAUCAAAAGACGGACACAUCAGUUACUUUUUCUCAAUAUUAUGUCCUACAAUGAUGGAUUCAUUUUAUGUAAAGCCUGCACUUCGCUAGUUACAAAUCAAAUUUAAAUAUCAACGUAGAUGUUUAUGUAUAUAGUAAAAUACGACAUUUUGAUUUCUAUAUUUUCAUUUAUUUUAUUGCCCAAAUUCCGACAAGGCGGCCAACUUUGCGCCGCGUUCAUCUAUAAAGAUUUUCUUACAACUACUGGUGAUAUAGACAUGCUACAACGCUAAAACCUAUCUAAGGUCUCUUUCCCUGCGUCUUCCCCUUUCACCUUCCCCACCACCAAUCGCGCUUCCGUGGGAAUGCUGACCGUCCAGUUUUAUGUGUCUGUCUUUUAAACAGUUUAAUAUGGUCCUUGUUAUUCUGUUCUUACUUAAUAAAUGGAUUUCAAUGUGAUUUCCCUUUGGAAGUUGUAUUUAGGACUAAGGUAUGUAAAUUGUUGUAUCUGCUACUGCUUUCGCCUUUUUCAUAGACAUUAACUUUAAAGAUAUUGAAUCAUUUGUCAUAUUGUCACACAAAUGAUAGAAAUAUGGAUUUUAGUAUUGUAUAUAACUAUUUUGUUUUUCUUCUACCCGGGAUGUGACCGUAUUGUUUUAAUUUGUUCCAAACCUGAAGAACAGACAUGACCCCAUGACAAACCUAGCACAUAGUGAAUAGUUUCAAACAAAUUGUAAAAGUUAAACAUGCGCAUCGGUUUGUUACAAGCUAACAAGGUGUCAUAUGUAUGUUUGUCUAUGUAUGUUUCUUCUAUGUAAUAUCAUUGCAUUCAAAUGUGUGUUAAUGUGUAUAUAUGCUCAGCCACCAUGUAUGUAAAUUAACAAAUAAUCAUGUUUUCAUCCGAAGUGUUGUAAAGGCAACUUCGUUCUUCGAAUGUAACUUUUCCUGUUCGAUCACAAGGUUUGUUAGUGAAUCUGAAGCAAGGCGUUUUCCGAGGUCCUAUAUUUUACAUACUAUUCCGGCAAGAGUUACUAAAAAACUGAAUAAUUGAUUUGUUUUAUCGACCUUUCAUCAUGAAAAUCCCGCUCCGCAGUAGUAUGUGGGGUCACCAAGUAAGGACCUUUUGACAACUGAAAAUACUUGAAUCUAAUAGGAGAUUAAACAAAAAUAAUUAAAGACCUAUAGUCUGUACAAUUUACAUUAUUCUAUGUUAAAAAACUAAACUUUUCCAAAAAAGGUUUUUUCUUUGUUCAUUCAUCGUAUUUGUUAUAAAGGUUCAACUACUUAAGCUUACCAUAGCAAGUAACUACAUUUUAGAUGUUUUUAACGUACUUUAGUGUUUUAGAAUCAUCAAGUAGAUUACCCAUCUUCCUGACUUCUAGCACAUUUUUCUGCACAAGAGACUGUUUACUGUAGUCUUCAACGUCGCAGUCAGUUUUAUAUCGAAUUAUAUUGAGAAAAGGUGUAGACCACCUUCAUUAUAAAUUGUCCCGUUUCAGCUUUAUUCAUUGGUAAAAUAUCUAUAUACGUGUAAUUGCUCGACAGAAAAUCUAAAGUAAUACAGAUGAUACAGAUAGCACAAUGACUUGUGACGCUGUAUAGAUUUAACCUCUCUAGGACUUUGAAACUUGAGCCGUACGGAUUGGGACGGAUUGAUACGGAUGUCUACUUUAAGGUACGGCUCAGGUACGGAUCGGUACUGAUUACUACGUUUCUAUCCGUGGCUAGACGUAGCUAUCCGCGCCGUAUUUGUGAAUGGGGUAUUAUCCGUGUCCGUCCAAACUACAGACCAAUCCCAUCCGAACCGUACCCAAACGCGCACAUAUACGUAUGUGUAAGUAUAGCUUUAAAGACAAAGAUUUUGAGUGGCUGGAGCGAAUAAGUAAAUAAUUAAUCAUGUGUGCAUUUUGGAGAAUAUGUUUUGAUAUUUGAUAAUUUUAGAAGUGAUAAUGACAGUGCGAGUAUAAUUCAUAAUGACACUUGAAGUUUUGUGUCGGAGGAACUAUCAAGCAAGUUUGUUUGUCAUUAGGAAGGAAUGAUAAUAUUCAUAAUUGCCCCACUCUCCGUAAGAAAAAAGGAAAAGUAAAAGAUACUGUCGAAUAAUGAUAAUAACUAAAAGAUGGUUAUAUUUCAUCAGUCCUAAUGCAUUUUCAAAGUAGAAAGUAACUUGAUAAGCAACGUUGCUACGCAUUAUGAAUUAUAUCUGCUUAUUUCUAAAAAUUAUACUAUAUAUGCAAGCUAGUCUGUGAUACGCAUAAUUGAUUACAUCUGUUUCUUUCUAAAAAAAGAUACGAUAUAGCGACAGUCUCGUAUUUUGAAGACUCAUAUAAGUAAUUAUAAAUUUUAGCCAUAUAUGAAAUAAAGAAUUUUGCUAUGUAAAUGUUAUUUUCCACUGAGGCAAAAUAUUGUUUACUGAUCUAGUUUUAAGACAUUAUGUAAAUGUUGACCCAGAAUAUACGAUUGUGUUCUGUAACAAUACUGAUAAACAGUGUAUGACAGUAAUUUUUAGAAAAGAUUGUCCUUGACUUUUCAAGAAUGUUUUGUUUUUUCAUUCUUAGUGUGACGUGAAAAUUCUGUAACCUUCCAUAAUACAAUAUAUAGUUAGAAGUUGUAGAUUAACGGAGUAUAAAACUUAGAUUGUAUAUAUUGAUGAAACUUUCCUGUAUUUCGUAAUAACUAGAUAUUACCAUUUUGUAUUUAAUAUUUUGAAGGAUUAUUUGAAGGAUUUACUAAACUUUGUGGAUUUAAAAAGUUAUCUUAAAAGGUAGGAAUUAUAAUGUUUGGAUAUACUAUCGUUACAUUUGAACUGUAUGAAAUAUUGAGGAAUUUAUUCUGAUUGGAUUUGAAUUUGACCUCAACAGGAUUUGGAAUAUUUUUACAUAUAAAAUUUGGAUUUAACAGCUCUUAUACAUUUUCAAAGGUAAUUGAAUUAUUACUUAAAUUCGUGAAUAAAAUUUUGUUAGUGUUAAUAGUUUCUGGUUUGUCUUUCUGUUACUUUU